AUCGCGAUCUUGCUGUUUUUGUUAUGAGAACGAUCAGCUGUGAGAGUCCUGAAGAUUUUCGUUGUACCGGCUACUCGACCUCGGUGCGAUCGAAGCGACAGUGAGACGGUAACAUUCCCUCUCAUUCCGUGCGAAUGACGAACACCAAGAGGUCGAGUACGCCGAUGAUCCGCACGUCGUCCGCAGUCGAGCCGCGUGCGGCCGUCCGUCGACGUGAUCGUGCGGCGAUUUGAACAACUGCGCGAACACUUGGUUUCCGCGUGCGAUCAACCUGAUCCCGAGAAGGGAUCGUAUACAGUUUUCAGUGAGCUUCGCCGAGGAAGAUUCACGCGGUAGCGAGAAACGGCGUGGUGACGGUCUCCAAUGAUACUGAUUUUCCUUCACGGCACCUCGUCGUGGGAAAAAUAGCAUCAACGUCGUCACACAGAUGAGAACUGUGUACACGCACAUCUUGCGUAAAGAUCUGCGAAAAUGGCCUCCUCGGAGAUCGACGACUUCCUGGCGGGACCAUUGGUCACUUGGUUUGCUAGUUGUCUGGAGAAUCCCAAUGUAUUGGCGAACUAUGAGGACUUAGUGGAUGGUGUCUUGUUACAUAGCGUUUUUUUACAAAUUAAUCCAGAACCACUACAUGAUGAAGUAGCAUCAUCCAAUGGCAAUCCUGUUAUUCGUACAAAGAACUUAAGAACUGUGAUACAGAAUAUGAAGCAAUUUUAUGAGGAAGAGUUGGAUCAUGUAAUUUUAAAAUUACCUGACAUUGCAAACUUGGGGAAGGAACCAGAGUUAUAUAUAGCAGAUAUGAAGUUAUUGUUGUUGUUGCUUCUUGGAUGUGCUGUUCAGUGUCCAAAUAAGGAGAAGUUUAUCACCAAAAUAAAAACUCUACAUGUUGACAUGCAGCUUGCGAUAGUAGAGUGCAUUAAACAGGUUACAGAUCAUCAGGAUAUAGUUAUCACACAAGAUGCUAUGGAAAACGCAAAUAUGGGUUAUCUAUUUAUCCAAAUAAAAAAAUGGAUACAAGAAUUGGAUUUAUAUCGGGAGAAAUGGAGAGAUACAGCGCUGGAUGAUAGUAUCGAAAGAAAUGAUUCAUCUAUCAGUGCAGAAUCUGAGGAAAUAAGUAAAGUGCAACAAUCUCAUCCUGUUGCUAAAGCGGAAAGAGAAGACAGUCAUCAUUAUGCGGUUGAAUUGGCUGACUGGAAAUCUAAAGUUCGAAAACAACGUCAAGAAUUAGAGGAAAAGACGGAAGCUCUACUCGAAUGUAAAGAAGAACUGGAGCAUAAUAAAGCGUUACUUAUAAAACUAAGACAAGAGAACCAAGAAUUAAUGCAUGAAGCUCGCACUGCUAAAUCAUACAGGGAUGAAUUGGAUGCUGUAAUUGAAAGGGCGGAUAGAGCAGAUCGUUUAGAAAUAGAAGUAACACGAUACAGAGAGAAACUUACAGACAUUGAAUUUUAUAAAACUCGGAUAGAAGAAUUACGUGAAGAUAAUAGAGUUUUAAUGGAGACCAGAGAAAUGCUUGAAGAACAAUUAAGUUCGUCAAGGAACAGAGCAGACAAAGUAUUGGAACUUGAAUCUGAAAUUAUUAAAUAUAAGCAAUUACUUAAUGAUAUGGCCUUGGAACGUGCUGCUGACAAAGAAAAAUAUCAAGAACUUGUUGAAGAAAAUACACAACUGCAUCAAUUAACGAAAGCUGCUGCUAGUGAAGCUGCAUUAACUGGAUCUAGUGACUCUGAAGAACCAGUACACAAUGAUAACAGACUGUCCGAACAAUUAACGAGUAAUGCUCAGACACGAGCAUUAAAAUUAGAACUGGAAAAUCGUCGUUUAAACACUUUAAUCGAUUCUCUGAAAGAAAGUUCAUUCCAUGAAAAUUCCACUCGUGUAUUAGAGUUGGAAAAGGAAAAGAAAAAACUUUCAUUGAAAAUUGAAUCGUUGAAUGAUAAUAAAGAGAGACUUGUACAACAAAAUACCGACUUGGAAUUGGUUUGCAAACAAGCAUUGGAAGAAAAUAAAAAGCUUCAAAAUACUCUUAAAAAUCAACGAACAUCUUUCGAGAAGCAACAACAAGAAGUUCAAUCUCACCAUGUAAAAAUGAUGGAACUGGAAAAAAAUUAUGAUACUGCGGUGAAAGAGAAGCAACGUGUUCAAUUAUUAUUGGAAAGCGUGCAACGACGUGCUGAUGAAUUAGAACGCACUUUGGAAACGGCAAAUCAAAAAGUUGAGGAAUUAAAGCUUAUCGAAAACAAUAUUAACGAUAUUAAUACCAAAUGUCUUAAUCUCGAAUCAAAACUAACAGCGACAGAGAAAGAAAAGGAUGCCGCUCAACGUGAUAUUCAUAAAUGUAGAGAAACGAUUGAGGAAAAAGAUGUAGCCUUAGAUAAAGCAACAAACACAAUCGAAGUCUUGGAGAGAAAAGUAGUACAACUUGAGCAGGAGUUACAGGAUUGUGUUACACAGAUAUCAAGAUUGCAAGAAAUUGAACGAUCCAGUAAAGAGCUCGAUUCACGAGCUGCGAUUGAUAGAGAAACUUUAGAGAUACUUCAAUCUAAUCUCGUCGCAGAAAAGCUAAGCAAUCAACAAUUAUACACAGUUUUGGAAAAACUUGGUCUUAGCGAUAAUAUAUUGUUAUCUCAACCUCUAGAUAUUAUAUUAGAAAAAAUUGCCCAAAUACCAGAGGUGAUAAAUCAUAUUAAAAAAUCAUUUAUAUCAGAGAACAGCGAGGAAAUGAUAUCUGAGUCUACCGACAAGGAAAGCGAUGUUAAUGAGACUUUAGAAACUAUGAUAGAACCUUUAAAGCAAGAACUAGAACAUUUGCAAGUAAAAUUAUCCAUGUCUGAAACAGCAAUGGAGCAUUUAUUAUCCGAAAAUGCGAAACUCCAAGUUCAUAUAACAACAUUGCAAUCGCAAAGCAAUUCGUUAACUGCGCAACAUACCGCGUUACAAUUGGCCAAUUCACAACUUGUCGCAGAGAAAGAAGAGCUCCUGAAAGAACGCAGCACACAGCAGAAUGUAUAUUCUGCGCUACUUCACGAUCAGAAUACCUUACAAUCAUUGCAUGAACAAUUGAACAAUGAAUAUGAAAAUUUACGUCGCGAGCGAGAUACGCUUAAGUCGAAUUUAAGAGACGUGAAGAAUGAGAAUAGAACAUUGCGUGAGACUUCUGAGAGACUAGAAGCAAGAAGUGAAACGCUACAAUCUGAACGGGAAGCCUUGAUUAAUAACACAAAAAGUUUAAAUAAUUUGCGCGGGGAGCAUUCAAAAUUGAAGGACGACUUUAGAAAUUUAUACACUGCGAGUGAAAGAUUGAAAGCAGAGUAUAGGAAUUUGCAAGAUGAUUACAGAAAGAAUAAAAUUGAAAUGAAUCGUCUCAGCUUAAAACAGACCGAGAUGCAGGGUGAACUUAGUGUUAAAGACGAACAAUGCUCGGAUUUGAAGUUAGAAGUCAAUAGCCUUAAUGAACGAUGUGAUAUGCUAUUAGAAAUGAACUCUGGAUUAGAUAAUGACAGACGUUCUUUAAUGGAGCAUAUAAGCUUAUUAUUUACGCAAUAUCACGAACUUUUAACACAUUCGCUUCAAGAUAAGGAGCAUUAUCACAUGGAAGAAAAAUUAUUCGCAGAUAAGGUUAAUCAUUUGUAUAGACAAAAAGAGAAAUUAGAAGACAAGAUUAUGGAGCAUUAUAGAAAAUUAAACAGCUGCACUACUAAGAAAAAAGGUUUUGGGGCUAGUUUAGUCCGCAGAGUCAGGAAAGCCGGAUCAGAGCUACUUAAUAAGAAUCGACGUUCGUGGGCCGAAGAUUCCAAACAAUCAGACAGUAAAACAUAUGAAUCAGACACAGGUGGAAAUGAUUCAGAUGCAAGCACCGAUGACUACCGUUUACCUGGACCGAGUAGAGUUUUUGGAUCAGAUGCGCUUGGGCAUGCUGGAACCAGAAGAACGGUGUAUUACACUGACGAUUCCCCACCAUCGUCCACUUCUUUACCAACAGACAGGUUGCUAAGCGAGUCCUUUCAGGAACAAGGAGACAACGUACACACUACACAGAUGGAGACGAACUUAAAACCGGAAACGCAAGUCGAGUCACGCCCUUUUUUAAUCUACAAUAAAGUAUCGGCGGUCAUAAACGAGUCUAAAAACGUCGGUAGUAAUCCGAUGAAAGACGCAACGCAAGAUGAAGCAUUUACGGAACCUCCCACUGAUAAAGAGCCAAAGACUGGCAGUCCGAUAUGGUAUGAAUAUGGUUGUGUAUAAACUUCCACAUCUUUUUGAUGCUUCCAUUAGUAACGUUUGAGAUAAAAAGAGGGGAAGAGAAAAAAAUGUAGUUUUAUAGAUACGUAGUUUCCAGUUUACAAGAAAACAUGUGUAAGCAUCCCUCCAUCGAUUUUAAUGUAUACUUUUCUUUGUUAGUUAAUUAAACGCACAUAGUUUAUAUUC